GGCCACUUGCAUAGUUGGACAAUAAAACGGUAGUUGCAUCAAUAUAUGUGUUCACUUAAAAUCACAUAGACACAUAGAGGACAUUACCUGUUGAUCUCCACAUAGAUGCGGUGUUAAGUUUUCAAGGGCCAAAAUGGGAUCGCUUGAAAAUGACAUCAAUCAAGAUUUUCAGGAUGCCAUUGAUGUAAUUCAGCAUCACUCUCUGCACUACGACACGGAAAACAAAUAUUUCGAGAAUUUGGAAAGUCAACAGUCAUCUGUUAGACAUGCCAUCUCAUACUAUCAGUUCACACCUCAUUUUGAGCCCCCAGGACCUGCGUAUGACUGGAACGAAUCCUCAUCAUGGUCUCACAUUGUGCCAGAUGUGUCUCUAGGUGCCCUGAGUUCGACUGAGCCUUCAGCCUUUUACUCAAAUUUACCACAGCGCCACAGUAAAGGCCGCAAGAAGCUGCGCUUAUACGAAUAUCUGCACGAGGCGCUCCACGACGACAACAUGGGCGACUCCAUUCAGUGGACGGACAGAGGCAGCGGCAUCUUCCACUUCAUCUCGAAAAAUAAAGAGAAACUGGCCGAGUGCUGGGGUCAACGCAAGGGCAAUCGCAAAACCAUGACCUAUCAGAAAAUGGCACGUGCCCUCCGCAACUACAGUCGCACAGGCGAGAUCGUGAAAGUGCGUCGCAAACUCACCUACCAGUUUAACCCGGCAAUACUGCAGAGACUGAGUUCAGUAUCAGGCUACAGUUCAGGCCCUACAUCCAGAGAACUUGCCCUUCAUCAGCAAACGUCUGCUGAGCACGUGUACUACAGUUCUGGUGUCCCUGACUGUCAUUACUGGUACGGCCAGUACUCUUACCAGAGCGAUUAUGACCUCGCCACUGUCUUGACAAUGCAUCAGGACCACAAAACAACCGUUCCAAUGAAACCAUCAAUCACUUUUGAUCCAUAAUUCAACGUGUUUACUGUCUCUUUUUCAAAGUUUGUGAUGCGUUAAAUAUUUUAAACGAACUGUUUCUACAGUGCCUAAUUAAAUACGUGAUCACGGUACGAAGUUUUUUUAUUACAUUUUUUUGCACUCGAGUUAAGCUACUUCGAAAUUAAUUCAUUGUAUCAAAUGACAUAUAAAGCUCACAAACUAUUCCUUUUUCUCAAAAUUCAGUCAACUGUAACACUUUUAGUAAAUUAUAUUGUGAAAAAUUAUUCUGCUUUAAAAAUGUAUUUGUGCUUUCUUUAAAAUAAAAAAGAACA